GGAAUUCCUACCCCUCCACAUUUAAAAGACAGACGCCACCGAAACACCCCCACAACUCCAUCCAACCCUGCUGAGGCCACAGCGGUUCCACGCAAAACUCUUUGGUGCUGAAAGCUCUUUCGCUCGCUCUUGGCUUUGCUUUCCCUGGUUCCUGGUCGACUGGCUGAGUGGCUGGCUAGCGGGCAUGGUGCAUCACCACCGGGCGAGCCUCCUGCUGCAGCACAACAACCAGCAGCAGCAGCUGAGGAAGCAGGUGGACGAGGAGCAGCAGGCUGAGGAGCAGGAGGGAGCAGGCAAGACGAUGAAGGAGCUCCGUUGCCGGAUCGUGGACUACGCGUGUCACCACCGGAAGAAGCACGGCCACGAUGCGCUCCUGCUCAUGCUGGGCGGCUUCGCCUUCUUCUCCUGCCUCCUCCUGCUGCUCCCCUCCAGCCCCUUCUCCGCCGCCAUGGACGAGCUGCUGCAGCUGGGGAGGAACAACAGGUGCGACCAGGAGCAGGCGCGCUCCGACCCGCCGUGCGCCGCCGUGGCCGACGGCACCGUCUGCUGCGACCGCACCGCGGAACGCACCGACGUCUGCGUCAUGCGCGGGGACAUCCGGACCCAGGCCAAGUCCAACUCGCUCUUCCUGCUCCGCCCCGCCAAUAGCUCCAGCUCCGGCAGAGCUGCCGACGAGCGCAUCCGGCCAUACACCCGCAAGUGGGAGUCCAGCAUCAUGAGCACCAUCGACGAGCUCCGCCUCCGCACAGUGUCUGAGGACUCGUCCAGCAGCGUGCCGACGCCGGCGCGGUGCGACGUGCAGCACGAGGUCCCGGCGGUGGUGUUCUCGACCGGCGGGUACACGGGGAACGUGUACCACGAGUUCAACGACGGGAUCAUCCCGCUCUACAUCACGGCGCGCCGGUACAACAAGAAGGUGGUCUUCGUCAUGCUCGAGUACCACGACUGGUGGAUGACCAAGUACGGGCAUAUCGUCGAACAGCUCUCGGACUACCCGCCCGUCGACUUCUCCGGGGACAACCGCACGCACUGCUUCAGGGAGGCCGUCGUCGGCCUCCGCAUCCACGACGAGCUCGCCAUCGACGCGUCCCGGAUGAUGCCGCCGGGGAGCAUCGCCGACUUCCGCCAGAUGCUCGACGACGCCCACCGCGGCCGCGUCCAGGUCAUCAUCGACGAGGAAGCGGAAGCAGCGAAGAACAGCAGCAGCAGCAACAGCAAGACGAAGAAGCCCGCGGACGAUGAGGACGAGGACAAGCCGCGGCUGGUGAUCGUGUCCCGCAACGGGUCGCGGGCGAUCGAGAACGAGGCGGAGCUGGCGCGCGCGGCGGCGGGGGCCGGGUUCCGGGUGGAACUGCUCCAGCCGCGGCCGGACACGGAGCUGGCGCAGAUGUACCGCGUCCUCAACGGCUCCGACGUCAUGGUGGGCGUGCACGGCGCCGCCAUGACCCACUUCCUCUUCAUGCGCCCGGGCUCCGUCUUCAUCCAGGUCGUGCCGCUCGGCACCGACUGGGCGGCCGAGAACUACUACGGAGAGCCGGCGCGCCGGCUCGGGCUCAGGUACAUGCCCUACAAGAUCCUGCCCGCAGAGAGUUCGCUGUACCGGCGCUACCCCAGGAACGACCCCGUGCUCACCGACCCGGUCGCCGUGAACGCCAAGGGCUGGCAGGUCACCAAGAAGGUGUACCUGGACGGGCAGAACGUGCGGCUCGACAUGCCGCGCUUCAGGCGCCGGCUGCGGGAGGCGUACGCGCAUUGGGCGGCGCAGAGGCGACGCCAACACAGCAAACCAUUGUAGUAGCAGCGUGUCUGUCAAUACCGAGGUUUUUUUGUUUUUUUUACAGGGAUACUGUAUAGACAAAUUAUUUUGGUUUUUACAUACAUGGUGGGUGGGUGAGGACACUAGAUUACAUGUGUGAGAUUCUUUCACAUUUGUGAAGGAGAAUAGAGGCGUUGUGUACAUAAUAAAUGCAGAAACGGAAACAAUAUACAGAGCAAAGUAUAGAAGAACUCUUGUUCAUUUUUGUUUUUU